GUUGUCUUUGAUAUUCCAGUUUUACUUGUAUAGACAAAACGGCUUUCUUGAUUUAUACUUUACUUUAUUCUCUGGCGGAUAUGUGCGAGCUUCAAGUAGACAGAUCAACUAUACCAGCUGGACACCAGAUGGCCAGUGGAAUGGGUACGUUUCUUGUUUCUUAUGUGUCAAGCUGCAAAGCCUUUUCCUUAUUUUUCCCAAGUACCCGAUGGUUUGUAUGAAUCGUUACAGUUUUGCUUAUCAAGAUAUUCUCAGGUAUAGACGGCAAUGGCCAAAUCCCAGAACAGGAGCAGAUUCUCUCUGAUGUGGCAGUACGAGUACACUCCGCUUUCAAUGGAGAGACAUCCAAAGUACCCCUAGAGAUAUUGUGGAGUCGUAAAAUUGUUGAGAACUCUCCUUUGGCAAACCACAUCUCCGCGAUCAAAGAAAAGCUAAAUGGAGCGGAUAAUAACACGCCCGAACAAUAUCAAGGCGGGGAUGCCUGGCAGAACUUUCGACCAGAACUCGAGCACAGCAGACUGCUUGAUAUCAAGGGACAAAGCGGACCCUUCGAUGCUUAUUCAAGGGAAUUGGCGGAAAUGACUUCGAACGCACUGGAGAUAUUGCAAAGCAUUAUUCAACAAAGAGAUGACUCCUACGUGCCACAAGACAAGGACAAACAUAGCAAGAAAGUCUGGACUCAGCCAGUUGUGAUUGUGGAAAACGACGCCGUUGGAAUCAUGCUUCAAAAAGCCAGGGCCGGAGCCAAUGGUACCCGCUGCACUAAAUCCACUGUUGUUUCUUGUCUCUCUCCCGACUAUACCAAGGUAAUAGAUGAGUUUGGAUUGGCCGGUGUCGCUAAAUAUCCCAUCUUCAUGGGUUCCUGGUGGAUGGUUCCACUAAUGCACGACUUUGAUGAUUGGCGCCAAGACUAUCUUUCCAUUUUACUCUACUCUUUCUUUUUCGAAUACAACGUAGACAAGGUCACUGGUAGCAAAUCUCUGUCAGCUUUAGGGAAGCAAGUGGCAGCAGUUUGGGAUAUGCCUAAUUUGCCAGAGGAACUGCAGAUUCGAAGAUCACACAUGCUCUGUUCCAUGGCCUUUUUUGAUCUCAAGCGCACACAUGAAGAUGAAUUCUGCAACCAGAAUACUGAUGGACGUACCGUCUGGGUUCACAAAGAUCGGGAUAUGUGGCGCGAUUUCAAGGCUCUAGACUCGGCUGGCUAUUCGCACUAUUUGUCCUUUGCCCCUGGAGCUGCUGGGCGCAAUGAUAUGAUGUUGGCCGGCUUGGUCAAUGACUGGAUUGAUCUUGGUCCUGACUUACGCUACCAAGAGUGCAAUUCAUCCGUCUUUGCCCUUACCCGUGGAUCACUCGCCAUGGAAGACCUGACGCAAUGCUACGAGCGGACCGUGUGGAUGAUCAAUGCCAGCUUUCUUUCUAAAGAGCGACACACGGGAUGCGUAUUUAUCCUCUCGGCCUGUAUAUGGUCGCUCUGUGCCCAUCGCCAUGAUGUGUGGCGUUACUACUCCCUGGCUUACGAUACCUGCUCGGCUUUGCAGUCACUAGAUCUUUACAAGAUUGCUGAACUCGCGGACUGCUACAGUUCGGAUUUUACACCAAUGGAGUGCCCCGACGCUAAGAUGAUUGCUGUUCCCCGUGGAACUUAUUCUUAUCAAGUCCGCAUCAAUGACACCGAACACAGAGGCUCAAUCUUGCUCCACACAACAGUAUGCGAAGCAGUCAAAUCCGGACUGCUCCCAGCAUCCGUAGUUAAUUACCAAAUCAUCGUUCCACUUCUCCUUCGCACUGGGCGGAUAGACGAAUCCACCUUCCUAAGCUAUAUGGACCAGCAUUAUUGUACCCACUGUGCUGAGGUCAUGCAAUCUGGACAUGAAGAUGGUUUCAGCUAUGCGUAUUCACGUGCAGUCGCUGCUUUGGUCAUGGAAGAAUGGUGGUCAGGACUCUACUUUGCUGUUGGUAUUGGUAGCCUCAUUGAAGCUCAACCAGACCAGAUCGCUAAUGACCGUUGAUUUUCACGGCCCUGACGUUUGAAAUCUUGUUCAGGCUGCCCAGUAGCUUGGAUAGCGUAAAUGAAACAAUAUCUCUAGAUUGUGUCGAUAUUAUUUAGCUACGAAUUAGAAUUGAUUGGGAAAUUUAUCAUAUUUGGAAAACCGUCCGUUUCAUAGCCAGUGAAGUAAUGACUGAUGAAUGAAGCCUAGU